AUCAACAUGAUGGAUGUUCUACAGAUCGAGCCAAUUGACAUCGAACUACCGAAUGAUACGAUUGUCGGCGAUGUCAUUGGCAUCGACGAGGUGACUUUGGCCGAAGAACAAGCUGCAUCAAGUGCACACAUCAAUGAAUCGACCAAUCAGGUGGCAGAAUGCAUUGAUUUGAUCUGUGACGAUGUCGAACCAUCACCAGAAGUUGACAGCGAUCAAACUGAGCGAAAUGCUGUGCGACAAGGAGGAAACCAGCGACGAAAGAGGAAAAUUGUUGAUGCAACGACGUCGGAUGGCGGUGCGAAGAAGAGACGAAAAACACUGAAAACCAUUCCGGAAUCGAAUUCAGAAGUGGCAUUGAUUGACCUGACAUUGAACGACAUUGAGGGUUCUGAACAAACGAGCAGUAUGAGCAGUCAACCAGUUCAAGAGGACGGUGCUGGCUCGAACGGAGUUAAAAAACCAAGCGCAUCGACAUCGAACGCGAAACAGGUGGCAAAGAAGAAGGGUGGUGUUGGAAAAAGCGAAGGUGAAUGCGGAUCGAAGGGACAUAAGUGCGCAUUUUGUGGGUACACAGCCCCAAGUGAAUCGCACCUUGUCAUACACACGCGCAUUCACACCGGCGACAAACCAUUCAAAUGCGAAAUGUGUGCGAGAGAAUUUGCUCAAAAGAAUUAUCUCAGAAGCCACAUGAGGACCCACGCGAAUGACUUCCCGUUCCAUUGCUCGAUUUGUCGACAAGGAUUCAAG